AUGACACCAAGAGCAGUCCUCAUCACAGGUGCAACCGGCAAACAAGGCGGCUCAGUUAUUGACGCAUUUCUCAAAACAAAUGCACCCUUCGAAAUUCUAGCCCUUACGCGAGAUGCACGAUCAAAAUCUUCGCAGAAACUUCUCCAGAAAUCGCCAAAUAUCAAGCUUGUCACUGGGAACCUUGAUGCGAUUGAGGAUAUCUUUAUAAAGGCAAAGGAAGUAACAAAUGCUCAAAUUUGGGGAGUUUUCAGUGUGCAGGCCUUAACAAACGAAGAAAACCAAGGCAAAUCCCUUGUGGAUGCGUCGCUCAAGCAUGGUGUCCGACACUUUGUCUAUUCAUCCGUGGACCGCGGCGGUGCAAACUCUGACAACGACCCUACCUAUAUACCCCAUUUUAUCACCAAGUACAACAUCGAGAAGCACCUUUUCGCCAAAGCUAAGGGGAGCAACAUGAGUUGGACAGUCCUGCGCCCAGUUGGUUUUAUGGACAACCUGGUGCCUGGAUUUUUGGGCAAAGUGUCCAACACUAGCUGGGAGAUGAAGUUGAAGAAGACGCAAAAGUUACAAGUAAUUGCGGCAAGCGACAUUGGGUUCUUUGCAGCCGACUCGUUCUUGAAACCGGAAUCGGACCAGUACCGGAAUAAGAGCAUUUCGCUCGCGGGCGACGAGUUGACAUUCGAUGAGUUCAAAAAUAUAUUCGGGCAGACGACGCACGAGACGCUGCCGACUACUUACUGGUUCCUGACUACCAUCGUUCACUGGCUUGUCAAAGAGCCGAGGCUUGGCCAGAUGUACAACUGGUUCCGGGACGUUGGCUUUGGAGCUGACAUUCAGAGCUUGAAGAAAGUGCACCCUGACUUGAAGGACACCAAGGCGUGGCUUGAAACUGAUAGCGCAUGGAAAAGUCGUUAA